AUACUAUAUAUGGUGACCAUUGCUUGCCCUUGGCCGCCAUCACGCAAGGAAAUCUUCCAGGUAUCCAUUGAAGCUCGCACUUCACUCAACGCCUCCGAGACGUGUCGAGGUAGUUGAUCAGUAAUACGGAUUCGAACCGGCGACCUGGAAAACACCUAAAUUGGCGCCUCGCUGUGGACAGCAUCAUCUCCUCAUCCCCACCUUCCAUGUCCAAAGUCCUGUAAUUUCUGGUGCUUGUUGUAUAGUUAUCACACGGGCGCAAGCUCUUAACCAACAGUCCUCCCCAUCGACGCCCAUCCGCUCCCCUCGUCCCAAUCCCCCACCAUGAGCUUCCGCGCGCCACGCAAGGGCGAAAACUACGAACUCAGCGUCGACCUCAACAGCGAGUACCGAGAGAAGCGCAAAGAUGCUAUCAAGAGGACUAUAGCGUCUAUGACCGUUGGCAAAGAUGUCAGCGGACUAUUCCCCGAUGUGCUCAAGAACAUGCAGACGGACGAUCUCGAGCAGAAGAAGCUCGUAUACCUAUACCUCAUGAACUACGCGAAAACGCAGCCCGAGCUUGUCAUCCUCGCCGUCAACACCUUCGUCAAGGACACGGAUGACCCGAACCCGCUCGUACGCGCCCUCGCGAUUCGGACCAUGGGCUGCUUGCGCGCGGAAAAGAUCAUCGACUACCUUUGUGACCCCCUUAACAAGUGCCUGCGCGACGAAAACCCAUACGUGCGCAAGACGGCCGCGCUGUGCGUCGCGAAGCUCUAUGAUCUCAAGCCCGAGCUGGUGCUGGAGAACGGCUUCCUGGAGCAAUUGCACGAGAUGAUCUCGGAUAGCAAUCCCAUGGUCGUCGCGAAUACGGUCGCCGCGCUCACCGAUAUCCACAUCGCGGCCACCUCCCAGCCGUCCACGUCAUCCUCCGAGGCCGCCCUCUUCCCCAUCACAUCCACGAUCCUGAACAAGAUGCUCAUCGCGCUCAACGAGUGCUCCGAGUGGGGUCGCAUCACCAUCCUCGGCGCGCUCUCGCGGUACGUGGCGCAGGACGAUAAGGAGAGCGAGCACAUUUGCGAGCGCGUCGUGCCGCAGUUCCAGCAUGCGAAUAGCAGCGUCGUGCUCGCCGCGGUCAAGGUCAUCAUGAUCCACAUGCGCAACGUGCGCCGGGAGGAGCUCCUCAAGCAGCUCGUGCGCAAGAUGGCGCCGCCACUAGUCACGCUGCUGUCGACGCCGCCCGAGGUGCAGUGGGUCGCGUUGCGGAAUGUGAACUUGCUGCUGCAGAAGCGGCCCGACAUCCUUUCGAACGAGAUGCGCGUAUUCUUCUGCAAGUACAACGACCCUCUGUACGUCAAGAUCGAGAAGCUCGACAUUAUGGUCCGGCUUGCGAACGAGAAGAACGUGGACGCGUUGCUGAGCGAGUUGAAGGAGUACGCCUCUGAGGUCGACGUCGACUUCGUACGAAAGAGUGUCAAGGCAAUCGGCCAAGCAGCCAUCAAGAUCGACACCGCAGCAGAGCGAUGCGUCAACGUCCUUCUCGACUUAAUCGCAACCAGGGUCAGCUACGUUGUGCAGGAAGCCGUCGUGGUUAUGAAAGACAUCUUCCGGAAGUAUCCGUCAACAUACGAGGGUGUCAUCCCAACACUCUGCGCUAACCUGGAUGAGCUCGAUGAGCCGGAAGCGAAGGCUUCGCUCAUCUGGAUCAUCGGCGAAUACGCGAGCAAGAUCGACAACGCGGACGAACUCCUUGGCAUAUUUGUGGACACCUUCACCGAAGAGUCCUACGCGGUGCAACUGCAAACAUUGACAGCUGUCGUCAAGCUCUUCCUCAUGAAGCCGGACUCAUCGCAGGCCAUUGUGCAGAAAGUGCUCAAUACGGCGACGAAGGACUGCGACUCGCCCGAUGUGCGCGAUCGUGCGUAUAUCUACUGGCGCUUGCUGUCUACGGAUCCUGGUGCUGCCAAGGCUGUCGUGCUUGCCGUCCGCCCGCCCAUCUCAAUACCACCUACCACUGUCUCCCCGGCUCUGCUUGAGGAGCUACUAGGCGAGAUUGGCAGCUUGGCGAGCGUGUAUCACAAGCCUGCGGAGACGUUCAUUGGCAGGGGACGCAUUGGCGCUGAGUCCCUCCAUCGCAAAGGAACAGAGAGCAUAUCUGACAGGGAAACCGUAUUCUCGGCACAAAAGGCGCUCCAAACGGUCGCUGCGGGUCAGCAGGCCGAGAAUCUCUUGGACUUCGACGAUGCGCCGAUGGCGGACGGCCAGCCCUCCGGGCUCGCAGCGACAGACGCGCUUUCGCAGACACCCGCUGCUGCCAACUUGCUGGCGGGUACAUCCGCCAACCCAUUGGACGACCUUGUCUCCAUCUUCGGGAGCGGUCCGGGUUCUGGGUUCGGUAGCGUGGCGCCAACGGUCAAUACUACCUUCGGCGCGGCCUCGCCACCCAAUGUGGGCUCGCCAGCGCCGCCGACGAACGCCUUCGGGGGUCUUGGGAUGCUCUCGCCGUCGACUAGCACGGUGACAUCGCCGACCGUGGGUGCCGGUGACGCGUUUGGGGGCCUGGGAGAUUUGACAGGGGCAGCAGCGCCGCCACAGCAGCAGAAACCACAGGCUGCUCAGGAUGACUUGUUAGGGCUUUUCUAGAGGAAUGUGCAUCGCUUCGCUUUCUGCCGGACGUUCUGUGCCCCUGGCUGCGGAUUCCUUUGAAGCCCUUCGGCGUCUGUGUCUUUCACUCAGGUGCGGUGCAGCGUGCGGACAGAGUAACCUCGGUACAAGGGGUAGUGCGUACUGUGGAGUCCAUGGUCACGGGCAUGGCUUUUGGUGUGGCUGAUCCUCUGACCAUCAUGUGUGGGUGCGCGCUUGGCGACUUGUUGGCAACCGCCGAAGCGGCGCGCCUGUUUCCUUUUAUGUGAGUUCGCUUUGUUGCCCCCG